AUGAGUGCCAUUGCUAAGAAAAGAAACAUUGACGUUAAGAUAAACGGUGUCACGUGUACGAUGGACUGGGAUCCGGGCGCGUCAGUUUCCAUUAUAAGUACAGAUUUUUGGAAACAGAUCGGAUCACCAACGCUUAAAGGGAAGCCAAAACUACGGGCUUAUGGCAAUUUCGAUUUACCUUGCCAAGGGGAAGCUAUAGUGACAGUGACGCUGAACAAGCGAACGCGAUCUUUGAAAGUAGUCGUGGAGGACAACGCGAAUCCAAUGUUAUUUGGCUUAGAGUGGAAUGAAGCCUUCAAUUUGCCACUGCCCGAACCAGUGUACAACGUAGAUCGUGUCAACAACCACGUGCAGCCGACAACGAAACCACUGCAUCAGAAAUUAAAUGACAUAUUGGAAGAGAACAAGCAGCUAUUCGAAGAAGGACUGGGAAAAAUAAAUAACUACCAAGUUAAAAUUCACGUAAAGGAAACAGCAACACCAAUACAUAUUCCAGCCAGGCCAGUCCGAUUCGGAAUUCAAAAAAGCGUGGAAUUCGAACUUGAAAGGUUAUAG